GGCAGAGCAGAGUUUUAGGGUUCUUGAGCGGCGGCGAUGGGGUCUGAGGUGAAUCCAAAGGCGUACCCUCUGGCGGAUGCGCAGCUCACCAAUACUAUCCUGGAAGUCGUCAAUCAGGCAGCGAACUACCGGCAGCUCAAGAAGGGCGCGAAUGAGGCGACCAAGACGCUGAAUCGCGGCAUGGCGGAGUUUAUAAUCAUGGCCGCGGACACGGAGCCGCUGGAAAUCCUCUUGCAUUUGCCCCUUUUGGCCGAAGACAAGAAUGUUCCCUAUGUGUUCGUACCGUCGAAGCAAGCGCUGGGGCGAGCUUGCGGCGUUUCGAGGUCCGUGAUUGCAGCCUCGGUGACGUCCAACGAAGGCAGCCAGCUCAAGAGCCAGAUCGAGCAGCUCAAGGGACUGAUCGAGAAGCUGCUGAUCUGAUGACUAUAGCGAAGAGAAGAAGAGAAGGAAUCUAGUUUUUCUUGGAUACUGAUGAGAUGGUCAAGGGACAAGGAUGGUGGUACCGUGUGACUUGUCUAUCAUUGAAGUUCCAGGCAAUGUUAAUAUUUCUUCAAAUCUAAAAGUCAUGGAGUGCAUUUUAAUUUUCUACCUUACGACAUUAUUGUGAAAACAUGCUUUACUAGAA